AUGUCUUUACAAUUAACUGACCGAUCAGUUAAGUUUCCUGUAGGUAUGCUUGAAAAUGUUCUUGUCUUUAUAGGACAAUUCUAUAUUCCUACCGACUUCAUAAUAAUGGACAUAAAGGAAGGUUCCAAUAUCCCUAUUAUAUUAGGUAGACCAUUCCUAGCCACAGCGGGAGCCAUUAUAGACGUGAAGAAAGGAAAACUAACUUUUGAGGUUGGUGAAGAAAAAGUAGAGUUUAUUCUCUCCCAAUUCUUCAAAGCUCCUGCUAUAGACGAUUCGUGUUGUUUCUUAGAUGUCAUAGAUGAAUGUGUUAAAGAAAUGGAGAAACAAUAA